UCUGCCUGCCUGCCGAACGCCACACCUGCUGACAGCCCCGUCACAGGCACUUCACCCGAGCGCUGGAUGGUCUCUCCUCUGCCCAACCCGAAUGUUGGCCACCAGAGUACUGAGCCUGAUUGGCAAGCGAGCCAUCUCCACCUCGGUGUGUGCCCGCGCACACGGGAGUGUUGUGAAGAGUGAGGACUAUGCGCUCCCCACUUACGUGGAUCGGCGUGACUACCCCCUGCCUGACGUGGCCCACGUCAAGAACCUGUCCGCCAGCCAGAAGGCCUUGAAGGAGAAGGAGAAGGCCGCCUGGAGCUCCCUGUCCCUCGAUGAGAAGGUGGAAUUGUAUCGCAUUAAGUUCAAUGAGAGCUUUGCUGAGAUGAACAGGGGCACCAAUGAGUGGAAGACGGUCGUGGGUGCUGCCAUGUUCUUCCUUGGCUUCACUGCCCUCAUCCUGAUCUGGGAGAAGCGCUAUGUGUACGGCCCUGUCCCGCACACCUUCGACCAGGACUGGGUGGCCAUGCAGACCAAGCGGAUGCUGGACAUGAAGGUUAGCCCAGUCCAGGGCUUCUCUGCCAAGUGGGACUACGACAAGAACGAGUGGAAGAAAUAAGAUCUCUGCUCUGCCUCUGAACCCCAGCCUCUCCUGCCCCGUGCAGCUCGGCCUGUCACCGGGAGCCGUGUGUCACAGCACCCAUGCUAAUAAAGAAACAGUUUAUGUGACAUCCGUGUGGCCUCCUCUUUUGCUAG